GUCGAAUAAUUUCAUUAUUAUAUGUAAGUGCAUUAUGUCUGCUUACUGAGUUGUUCGGUCACUUUCCCUCCUAGUUUUCUAGUCCAGAUUCUGAUGUAACGUACAUCAGUUACCUGGACGCAAACCUCCAAAGAUGUCAAGCCCCUCAGUCUGCCGGCAACUUGCUCGUGAUAAAAUCCUAUGUUCGCCUCAUCGAGUUCCAAAAAACCCACUGGUUUGUUUGCUGGAAUAUCCAACGAUUCUUGUGUAAACUUGUUCCAAGUUCCACUUACUACAAACAGUAAUAUUCCAGCCCCAGGACUUUUCGGCAACUUAAAAACCACGGAAUUCAGGGCCAACAUUAAAGAAUCAGGGCCUAGUUCCUCAUCAGCCCACACAAUAGGGAAAAAUAGUAAUGUCUCAAAAACAGUUUUCCAUUCUCCUCGAAGUGGUGAUGGUUUUGAAAAAGAUCGAAAUGAUCGUUGUGUAACUGACACCAGUAUCAAUGGCAAUGCGCACAAUAGCUACUUCGACCUUCCUGGAUCUUCUAACAAUGAAAAAAGGUGCUUAGAUUCAAAUAAUAUCCAGAAUGCCGCUAACUUGUAUUGGCCUGCAGUUAAAUUAUCCCGUUUGCCGAUCGAAUACAACACAAAGAGUUUUCUACUGAAGCACUUCCAAAGUUUUGGUCCUGUUGAACGAAUUAUAUGUCAACCUUCUAUGGAUGCUGCUUAUAUAGCUUUUAAUUCUUUGUCUUCUGCAAAUCAAGCUAAACGAUCAGGACGUGCAUGUAUUGCAUCUGCUAACAUUGAUUUGCCUAGCUCAGUCCUUUUUACCAUGGCACGAUGUCGUCGUCAAACUAAUUCUGGAUCGAAAUCAAUAUCACCUAAAUUAGGUCCUAUCAGGGGUAGAAACACUGUGUCCUCCAUAUCCCCAUCACGUACAUCUCUGAAAAGAAUGAUUACAUCACACUCUAAUACAAAGCAGGUCAUGAAUAAAAAGCAAUUUUCCAGAGUAUCUGUUUCAAGUGAUAAUCAGUCAUCUCGUACAUCGGUUAUUAUUGAUAAUCAAUUAUCAUUUACGUCGUCCCAGAUAGUAUGCAAUACACAACCAACAAUAUCCUCUAUUACACGGCCAAAUGCAUUCGCCUAUAAUAAUAAUAGUCUAUUCAAUCAGAAAUCUCCAAGUGCUACUACACUAGAUGAACGACUGUCUGUAUUACAAGAAUAUUAUAAACGUGAUUGUGAACUGAGGUCUAUAUCCAAAUCUGCUGAUCCAAAAGUUCAAUGUUCGGAUAUAUGCAACAGCAACACUGGUGAACCGAUUCGUCAUGCACCCAUUAAAGGCACAUGUGAAGAUAUGUGUCCUGAAUUGGAACGUUAUUGUCGAGCAGCUCAUCAACGUGUAUCUAUAUUUGAGUGUUUACCUACUACAAUGAGUGUUAAUUCAUCUUCUUGGGAGAUGGAUCAUACUCGGGCUGUGAAAGAUUAUCAACGUUCUUCAGCCGAUCAACCUGUACCAUUACCCCGAGAACUACGACCGACAUGUGUUUUGCAACGUACAAUGGCUUAUUUACUAGCCAGCAUAGCUGAUCGCCCAGAAAUUGAUACCAGUCGUAGCCUAUGGAAACCUUGGUAUGAAUUUAUGUGGACACGUACACGAGCUAUUCGCAAAGAUAUACGGCAGCAAAACUUAUGUUGUCCCAUUGUUAUUGGUGUUAUUGAACGGAUAGCAAGAUUUCAUAUUUUCUGUGCUGCACGAUUAGUUGAUCAACCAGUGGAUACUUUUGAUCCUCGCAUUAAUUCAGAAAAUUUAACUCAGUGUCUGCAAACAUUAAAGGAGAUGUACAGUGAUUUAGAUUCACCAAUUACUUCUGAAAAUAUAUGUCCUAAUGAAGCAGAAUUCCGAGGUUAUAUGCUGUUAAUGAAACUGAACGACCAAAACGAGAUCAAUGAAGCUCAACGUUUACCUGAACGACUACGUCAAUCUAAACCUGUACGAUUUGCAUUCGCUACACAUGAAGCUCUCAUAACAAACAAUUAUAUCAGAUUUUUCCGUUUAGCUCGUCAAGCUACAUGUUUAGUUGCUUGUCUUAUGCAUAGAUAUUUUGUACAAAUACGUAGUCAAGCUUUAACGAAACUGUCUUGUGCAUUUGCUGGACAUCCAAAACGAGAAGUACAUUAUCCUAUUUCUACUCUGACACAACAACUCGGUUUUGAAAAUGAAACAGAAUCUAAACAUUUCUGUGAAACAUGGGGUUUAUCAGUGUUUGGUUCAAAUGUGAUAUUUGAAAAACAAAUUCAACCUCAACCACCUACGUUACCAUGGAGAGAACAGAGAUCAUUUCACCUAGUUGAGAAUAAGCGUAUUGGUAUCCCAUUGUCUGUUUUAUUCAAUGGUUCUCCUGUUAAUCCUUCAGAUGCAAUACCAUCUCCUGUUCAGUCUUCGUUUGAUACAAACGGUAAAUAUAUUUGCUCACAAAGGAAACCUACUCAAAAUGAUAGUGAUACACUUGAUUAUAGUAAUCGUAUUGCUGACAAUAAUGUUUGUAAUAAUAAUUGGAUCACUUCAUAUAUGUAUCAACAGCCUAUAACAAAUUCUUCAUCAUUAUCAACAACCAAUUCAUCAUUAACUGAAAGCAAUACAUCUAGCAAAAAACAAAUAUUUGAUGAAUUGUUAGAAUUUAUAUAUAAUGAAUGUGUUGAUGAAGUUCUAUGCUAUUCAAAAUUUGCUCAAACUAUUCUACUUGAAGAGAUAAUAAUUAGUGAAUUAAUCGAGAAGUUAAUUAAAGAUUUUAUUGAAGAUCAUCUAAUUGAUCUUUUUAAUAAUAAAUUAGAUCCUGUUCGUCAAAUAUGUAAAGAAAUCAUGGAAAAUGUAACGAAUGAAACAAUCAACUUAGAUUUACGUGGUUUAGUUAAUCGUGAAUUGGAUUUAGAAUAUCAUUAUAAUGAAUAUUUCAAUCAAUUAAUCAAUGAACAAUUACAUCAAUUGGCAAUGUCUUCUUUAACUUUAUCCAUUGCUACUUCAUUAUAUAAUUAUUCAUUAUUAAAAUGUUGCUUUAAUCGUUUUCAUUAUUUGAUAUGGAAACGUAAUGAAUUAAUGGAACAAGAAAUUUUAUUAAAUACAAUGCCAACAUCAGUUAGUAGUGAUUGUUUGCCAUUAUGCUUAAUGAUUAAUAAUAAUAAUAAUAAUAAUCAAAUGAAUACUAAUGAAAAUGUAUCUACUUUCAAAUUGUUGAAACAUUCAAGUUAUUCACGAAUUUCAUUGGAAAUGCUAAAAUUAGAUAAUGAACUUACUUGGUCUCCUUUGAAACUAUCCCCAAUAUUCUAUAAAUAUCCAUUAGGAUUAUAUAAAUCUAUGUUGAUACCUACUAAUUAUUGUUCAAGUAUUAUACAACAACAUUUUACAAAUAUUUUUUAUUGGAUUACUGAAAAAUUAAAACAUUCACCUAUAAUUCUAUUAAAUGAAUGGUCAAAUUCAUCAAUAAUAUUUAAUAAAUUAUCAGGUAUUAUCAUCAUUGGUUACUUUGAUCAUUCAAUCACUAAAGAACAAUUAAUGUCCAUGUAUUCAACUGAUAUAAUGAAUAACUAUGAUAAAGAUAUAAUUAAUCGUUUAUUGAUUUUAGUUGUAACUUAUUCAUUACAAGAAAUUCCUUGUUUAUCAUCAUCAUCAUCAUCAUUUGAAAAUGUACAGAGUAAUUAUGACGAUGAUAUCUAUUUUGUACGUUUAUGUAAUCCUAUUACAUUUGGACAAAAAAAAUUUCAACCUAGUCCAUUUUGGUCAGUGAAUUUACAGCAUGGUCUUAAUUGGAUAGAAGAAUGUUUUAUGAAAAAAAUUAAUCAUUUCAAUCAUAAUGAUCAUUACACAUUUCAAAAUGGACAUAAUGCUAAUGCAAAAUAUUCCUUGUUAUCAUCAUCAUCAUCAUCUCUAUUGAAUAGUGAAAUUACCAUCUUGUAUACAAAGCUGUAUAGUUUAAUAAAUGAAUAUAUUGAUAUAGCAUUAUUACGUCCAUUGGGUAAUUUGUCUAAAAGUUGGAAGUUGCACGGGCUUGUUGAUCCAUCAUUAAAAUCUUUAAUUAAUGAAUAUCAUUCUACAAUCUCUUAUUUAUUGAAUCAAUUGAAUCCUAUUCAUGAAACUCUUACGAAUCUAUUACAGAAUAUACUUAUUCUACCAGAAAAUAUUCUUCAUUUAUUAUUCAUUGAUUUAUAUGAAGAGAAUAAAUUAAUGAAUCAAGAAACUAAUGACGUUACCAUAACAACUAAAUGGAAUAUUUAUCUUGAAAAUUGGUUAAUUAUAUCCAAACAAUUAAAAUUAAAUUCAUCAAUUAAAAAUUGGAUAUUGACAUUAUUUCAUAACAUUGAAAAAGAUUAUUUCAUACAAUUAAAAAAUCAAUUAUUCAAUUCUAUUAUUUAUUCAUCAUCAUCAUCAUCAAUGAAGAAGAAUAAAUUAUAUUUACCGCCAAUUUAUUUAGCGCCUAAUUUAAAUGUAUUUUUUGUUUUAAUUUAUCAUUGUUUAAAUAAUUUAUCAAAAUUAUUAUUAACUAUGAAUAAUGAAUUAUGUAAUCAUAAUCAUAAUAAUAGUGAAGAAUUUAAUAAAUUAAUUGAAAUGUCAUGUAUUAUAACAAAGUUAAUUGAUCAAAUGAAAUCAAACAAUAUUGUAAAUCAGUUAAUUGAACACUUCAAAAAAUUAGAUGAACCAUGUAUGACACGUUCAAAUGCAAUUAAUUUAUCAUUAGAUAAUUUACGUAGAAAUCAAAUAGAAACUUGUUUACAAUCUGUACGUAAACAAAAUUCAUUUACAUCCAUUGAACACAAAGAAUCAUUAUCAAUGAAAAUGUAUCAAUUAUCUUCAAAAAUUCGUAAAAUUGAAAAUUCUAUGAAUGAUGCCAUUAAAGAAACAAUGGAAUAUCAAUUAAAAAACAAUUCCCUUAACUGAAGAAAAUCUUUAUAUAUUUUGAUUUUCUUCACUUCAAUAAUAGAUUAUGUAAUUCUCUAUAGUUGUUGUUUUUAUUAUUAUUAUUGUUGUACAUUCGUUUUAUUUUAUAUCAUUUUUUUAAUGUAUAAAUAGCCUGUACAUUUGAAUAACUUUUACAUCCUUAAUGUAUUUGAGAAUUCUUCAUUGUUCUAUACAGAGUUCUUAUAAAUUCUUCACCCCUCCGCUCGCUUUUCCCUUGCUUCUUC